UGAAAGUGCUGCUCUGUGAUGGCUUUGAACAUCAGCGAUGACUGUGCGCCCCGCGCGCUCUGUGCGCCCCGCCUGCUGGAGGGAGCGCAGCAGCAGCGCUGGUCCAGAGGCGCGCGCGCGCGCUGGGAGGGAGAGGGGGGUGAUGACAGCGGCUGCUGUGGGGAGGCUCAUACCGAAUCAGGGACCGAACCGGGUCCACGGACAAAGCCUCACGCACCAGAACGCACCAUUCCUGUUCAGACUAAAGUGAUGCUGCUCCGAAGUCUGCGCUCCGUCUGCGCUCCGCACACCUGACUCUCAGCUAUGGUCAGUGGAGGUCACGUCUCGGCGCACCUAACUAUCCAUUUACUCUUUUUUGGACACGAUUAUAGAUAAUUUCUGGGGAUAAAAUGGUGUAAAUGCUCAUUUUUUGUACAUUUCAUCAAACCCCAAACAAACCCGGACUAUGCUCAGAAGUGCGCCGUGCGCUCCCGCCACAAGCCUCCACUCCUAUGCAGCCUGACUAUGCUGGCAAGUCCAUCCAACAACGGCGGCGUCAGAAUGCUCGUUCCACCGGCUCCGAACGACGACAGGCGCGUCGAAUUCGUGGCGCUCACCGCCGUGCAGACGGAGAGGAGCGAGCCGUCCACCCCGGAGCGCGGACCCCCGUCCCACCGCACGGGGCUGCUGGGGACCCCGCUCCCGGGGCCGCCCGGACCCCGCGCCAGCGCGUCCGCCUCCAGUAAGCGCUUCCGAAAGUUGCAGAACUGUCUCUACAACGUGCUGGAGAGACCGAGAGGAUGGGCGUUCAUCUACCAUGCCUUCAUUUUCCUUCUAGUGUUCAGCUGCUUGGUGUUGUCAGUGUUUUCCACCAUCCCCGACCACCAGAAAAUGGCCAACCAGGGCCUCUUCAUCUUGGAGUUUGUCAUGAUCGUGGUGUUUGGCAUGGAGUACUUCAUCAGGAUCUGGGCCGCUGGCUGUUGCUGCAGAUAUCGCGGAUGGCAGGGACGCCUCCGAUUCGCCCGCAAGCCCUUUUGCGUCAUAGACUUCAUCGUGUUUGUGGCUUCCCUGGCGGUGAUCGCUGCAGGGACGCAGGGCAACAUCUUUGCCACGUCAGCCCUGCGCAGCAUGCGUUUUCUGCAGAUCCUGCGCAUGGUUCGAAUGGACCGACGGGGAGGCACCUGGAAACUACUGGGAUCAGUGGUUUACGCUCACAGCAAGGAGCUGAUUACAGCCUGGUACAUUGGCUUCCUUGUCCUCAUUUUUGCCUCGUUCCUUGUCUACCUGGCUGAGAAAGACAUCAAUUCAGAUUUUGGUACCUAUGCAGACUCCCUCUGGUGGGGAACUAUAACUUUGACCACCAUUGGUUAUGGUGAUAAGACCCCUCGCACGUGGCAGGGGCGGCUGCUGGCUGCCGGCUUUGCUCUCCUGGGGGUGUCCUUCUUCGCCCUCCCUGCAGGAAUUUUAGGCUCAGGGUUUGCCCUGAAGGUCCAGGAGCAGCACAGGCAGAAGCAUUUUGAGAAGAGGAGGAUGCCUGCUGCAAACCUCAUCCAGGCGGCAUGGCGACUCUACUCCACAGAUGCCAAACACUCCUAUCUAACAGCUACGUGGUACUUCUAUGACAGCAUGUUACCUUCAUUCAGAGAACUGACGCUACUGUUCAGUCACCUCCAGCGACAACGUAGCACCAAGAAGGUUCUGCAGAACUCCUACCACACGCUGCUGUCUGGGCUGCGGCCCAACAGCUCCCCCUACCUGUCGGGGGACAGCAGUAAAAUGGGCUUCCGAGAUCGGAUCAGGAUGAACAAUUCCCGUUCAUCCCAAGCCAUUCGGAAUAAAGCCUCACCGCUGCCGCCGGGCUCUGGCGUUCGCCGCUCUCCCAGCCAGGAAAACGUCCCAGAAGCCACCAGCCCCGGGAAGGUCCAGAAAAGCUGGAGCUUCAACGACCGGACGCGCUUUCGCACCUCCCUUCGUCUCAAACCACGUCCCCCCGUGGACGAAGGGCUCGGGGAGGACAGCGUGGAGGACAAACCAUACUGUGAUGUUGCCAUGGAUGAGGUGAUUCCAGCAGUGAAGACGCUCAUACGAGCCGUCAGGAUCUUAAAGUUCCUCGUGGCCAAGAGGAAGUUUAAGGAGACGCUGCGUCCUUAUGAUGUUAAAGAUGUCAUUGAGCAGUACUCUGCAGGACACCUGGACAUGCUGGGUCGCAUCAAGAGCUUGCAGACGAGGGUGGAUCAGAUCAUCGGGCGUGGGCCUGUUCAGUCUGACAAAAAAACACGCCCUGAAAAGGGAGAGAAGACCCCGCCUGAUCUGGACCCACUGGAUGAGCUGAGCAUGAUGGGACGUGUAGUGAAGGUGGAGAAACAGGUACAGUCCAUAGAGGGCAAGCUGGACCUCCUGCUCAGCUUUUACUCGCAGUGCAUCAAGAAAGGCUCGUCCCACGUCACCCUGUCCUCCCUACUGGACCCCGACUUGACGUCAGAUUACCACAGCCCCACCGACCACAGGGACCUCUUCCCCUCCGCCAACACGCUCAACUUCUCCCGCUCGGAAAGCGGCAACUUGGAAUGACCCCGCCCUAAAGCCCAGCCUCACUGUCCCCUCCUCCUUUUCUACCUAUCUGCUGCGGUCCCCGUCUCCGAGCUGGAGUCUUUGGACUGAAGAUGGCUCCACCUCAGGCCUCUGAAGCUCAACCACUCAUGUACCUGCAGAUAACCCGACUAUGCAAAGAGGCUUUUCAGAUUCUUGCUGGGAUUUUAUCUUUCACCUCCAAAAUCUUUUCCUUUUUUUCCUCUCUCUUGAAUGAACUUUUUCAGAUCUGGAAUUUUUGUUUUGAAACUUGCAGCAAAAAAGUGGAGCCACCCCACCCCCACCUCCUCCACCCACCCAAACAAGGAGAUUUAUUUUUUUAAAUCCUGCUUCAAAAGUCCCAACGUGUCACAUGAAAGCAGAUUGGACGGAUCGCACUGACGGACCGCUGCGUACUUUAUUUUGUUGCUACUUUUUAAAUCUCCUCUCCCCCCCCAGGAGUCUUCAACAAGCCCACUUGCAAAAAGAGAACCACAUUGUUCUCCGCCUGGCUGGCUUCCACGUGAGGAUUGUUCCCAGUUAAUGAGGAUUUAUUAGAGCCACGGUGUUCUUUCAGGGGUCUAAAAUCCCCGUCGGAGAACUUUAGGGAGGCUGCUCCGACCUGAAUUCAUCAAACACUAGUCUUUGCGAUGUCUUGCAGCCCCGCCAUGCAUGCUCAGCGCACAUCUUCACCAGAAACUCUUUCAAACUUUCCCGGAGGAAGCGGGUUUACACAUUUUUUAGUGUGUGUUAGGCAGGAAGUGACACGCCUCUUAAAGAAACAGGUGCUUCCUCCUCCAGGCCGGUUUGGUGCCGUUUUAAGCACAAAGCAGACGAUUUUAAUGCAUGAGUGUUCGAAUGCACGUUUGGAAGACAGGUGGAACUCACUUUCUAAGAGUCGGCAGUUGCUGACUCCUCUUUUUUUCAUAUUAAUAUUCUUAGGGAUUCCUCCUCCUCUUGAAUGUUGGACAAACUGGAGGGUGCACACACGCAGACACACUCCUGUACUUAAAUGACAUUUUUGUGCUUCUAGUUUUGCUCUGGUUGUGCUGAAAUCUUUAUUUUAUUUCAUGAUUUUAGCUAGAUGUAAGUGAAACACGUGAUCUCUAGAUUAAUGAAUGAGUGAAAUCGUGGAUGAUGAAGCCAAACAGCUGGGUUUUUUUGUUUGUUUGUUCAAAUCUCCAUGUUUGCUUCAGCUGAGAGAACCUCCAUCACUCUUUUCGGUCAGGGAGAAUUUUUCCGCCCGAGUCCGGGUUCCUUUUUCUAUUUAAGCGGGCAUUAAAGCAGAGAAUGUAACCGAUUAGAUCUUUUUAAAGUGUUUGAAUCUUUUGAUGCUUCAUCCUUAGGCAGGGUCAUUAGACGCAUCGUUUUAGACUAAUCCGAUUUGGUAUUUACUCUUCUCCCAGAAUGUUGACUGUUUUAAGAUCAGUGUACUUGUGCAUGUUUUUCGUUUUUUCCUCGUGGAAAUUUUAGCCAAACACAUAAUGAUGUCUCGUGUACAAUAAGUCAAAACACGAAAGCGAAUGACCUGUGCCUUCUUUGCUCUAGAUUUCCCGCUAUAUAUAUGACAUGAGAAUGCCUUUUUUGUUGUUUGCUAAGCCUUUAGGGUCGGUUUAUACUCCAUAGUGAUCUGCCAUCACAUCCAUCGUAUCACGCCCCUACUGCUAUCGCGCAGGCUAGUUCAGUUGUUUGCCAUUUUAUUUAUAUAGUUUUUAGUUUUUUUGCACAUAAAGCUCACCUUUUUAAUAUGCAAAGCUUUCCUAAAGAUGCUUACAUCUAUGUAAUUAAGUUUAAGAUUAAUUAGUGGUGCAGAAAAAACAAGGCAAGUGGUACAUCAGUUUUUUUUUUGUAACAAGAUUAAAGUACUAAAAACAGAUUGAAUAUUUAUUUAUUUUGUAAAUAACCAUGGUAUAAGUGGGAAACCAACCCAAUGAAAUGUUCGCUGCUCCAAGAGGUGCGAUUAACUUGCGUUAAUAAAUAUUAACGGAUGGAGUUUGCUGGAUUAAAUCCCAGUUGUUCUAAACCACUGUUGUCUAACUUCCAAGUCCACUGGAAAGUUGUGUAAACCAGUAGAUGUUUGACGACCAAAGGCAAAACACCUACGAGUCGUGCUAAAGCUAACACGCUAACGACCAACCAUGUCAGAAUCAAAAAUAGGUGGAGCUUUUAUUCUGGAGUUGUAAAGCAUGAUGAUGUGAAACUUCAGAAAUGACGUGGGACUCACACCAGUUGACCUAUCACAAAAUUCAACUGUAAUGCCUCAUUUCAACCUGUAGGGGGCAGCAGACAGAUGGUUUUAGACUAUAAUUUCAGGAAGUUUAUUUUAAAUUGUCAAAAAUCCAGCCAGACCUACAAACAGGACUUUUAAAGCCCAUUUAUAGAGGUCAAUAGCCAAAAAAGGUUAAUUUAGUGUUUGGUUACUCUGUUUAAUAUUUUAUUUCCCUCAUAAUUCUGGAGUCUACAAAUAAAUGGAGCUGUUUUACGUGUGGCAAAAGAUUCUGCAUUCAUGUGGUGUUGGAAUAUUUGUUGUUGUUCUGACGUUCGAGUGUGUUUUUUAGAGUCAGACUGAUAUGAUUACUAUCAUUCCAAUACCACAUGAACACAGUUUUUACUUUAAGCUCGCAUUUUUCCUUGAAAGACAUCAACCCACUGGUGCAACUGGCACUAAAACAAACAAAAUCUAGCAGACAAAAAGAUUCGAUUUUGAAAUAAAAACUCAGAAAAAAAAACGUUGAAUCUAAAUGAAAGCAUUUUUUGUCCAGAUUCUGUGUUGUGUCUUUCUGGAAUCAUUGGAUUACCAAAAGAGUCUCUGAGAAUCUCUGAACCCUUUUUGGCCCACAAGUUAAAAAGUUUACCCACCAAUUCAAUUGAAAGUAGUGAAAAUGUUUUUUUUUUUAAGUUAAGGUUCUAUAAUUCUACUAUAAGCAUAAAAUUCCAUUUGCAGAUGAUGUUACCAGCUGGUGAUGGCCUUCGAAUCGCUCUGAAGUAUAAACCAGCUCUUACUUGAUGAAAGAAACAUCGUUUAAAUUCUCGUAGAUUUAGUGUCUUCCAGCUGCUGUAAACGUCGGUGUUUUCCGACAAAACUGUAUGUCCGUACACCACCGUACCUCCUCACCUGCAUCCUCCAAUCCCGUCAUACGUGGAGGCACAGACUCUCUGCUAUGGCAAGCUAAAGGUGUCAUAAAUCACCAGGAAGAACCCCUUAGACAACAGUGUUUUGGCCAUAAAAAAAUGCAGUUUUUAAAAUUAGAAGAUAUUUACACCUUCUUGAGUCGUCUAUGGUGUUUUUCCCCGGUGAUUUAUGAGAUCUUUUGCUUGCUCUACCCUGCAGGCAUGCUCGCAUGUCACUUAGAUCAAAACAGCUUCAACACAACUACCUCUGAGGCCACUGGGGGGCACUACCUUUAAGAAACUCUAGUUUAGUGAUUGUCCAAACGGACUGAAUGCUAUGCAUGACUCAAUCUGCACGCUCUCUUCUCUCUUCAUGACCACCCCAUCCAUCUUUUGAAUAAUUGCUGCCAUUCGACAUUCCAGCUCAAAGCUCUUUAGCUGCUCUCCUAGGAGUUAGAAGUGUUGUUACAAUGAAACAGGAACCGAUCGAGCAAUAAAACAAGAUGCUUACUCAACUCUUAAGUCUUCCAAUCGAUGAGACGGUGAGAAUAAAACACCACGCCGUUUGGGUUUUUUGUUUUUUUUUAAUCAAACCUACAUUUGAUCUAUGGAAGAUGUACACAGAGGUAUUUCUGAUGAGGAGAACAGUAGCUCACAUGACUAAAUUAUUAAUUUAUUUGUUUCAAUAAAGUUCUUUGGACUGUAAAUGCUGCGCUGUGUCUUUUGUUGAGUGUGGUCACUUAUUCUAAGAACGUACGACUGAAGAAGAUGAAACAUUUUAAACUGACUUUUUAAAGAAAGGUAGAAAAGUUGACCUUUUUGUUACUUAUUGGAAUAGUUUUCCUUUUUCUACAUGAAGCGACUCCUUAAAACGAGAGGUUUCCUACUCCGUAGAAGUGGCAGAACAAAGUGACGUGCCGUUUCAGAGGGUCCACGAUCAUGUAGGCGAAUGUCUGAUCGUCCUUUGGUGUUCCAGGAUAACAUCGACCGGACUCAUCCUGCGGAGGAGAAACAAAUCCUUCUAGAUUCAUCGCAAUAAUUAGUUUCAAUAGAUCCCACUCAAGGGAUUAUUAAACUAAAGGCGUUCUUAAAAGUAGAAAACAAUAAAUACUGAGGUCAAGUGAAGCAAAAAUUAUCUCUGGAAGUAAGUGUAGUGGAAUAAACAGCAGGGAGAUCCUGCUGUUUGUGUUAAAUACACAACUAAAAAGCCUUUUUUUAUGCAUUAGUGCUUUGACAUUAAAGCAGCGCUGAUGUGGUCUUGGCCCUAAUGCACCUCUGCUGCUAAAUGAUACGCACAGGUUUUGGAGCAGCGUCUGCUGCCAUCCAGAGGAAGCCUUCUUCAGGGAAAGCCCAAUAAACACACUAAUUACGACCUUCUAGCUUGAAUUUU